CUUGACAACGCAUUCAUUUAGCUACUGAAGAUGCGCCAUAAUGGAUGGGCGCAUAUUAUUUUUUGAGCUUAUUAUAUGUUUUAAAAUGUUAAACUAGUAAUGGGCAAUUGUAUGUGCAAGCCUUUGUGUCAAGAAAAUGUAGUGACAGAAUAUAAAGACAAUUUAGGAUACGAUUCAGAGGACGAAACAGGGUCAGAAGAAGGGGAAAACGAAGGCUCGGACGAGAGUAGCGAUAGCGGACCACGUGAAAGGUUUUAUUGUGAGAGGGCAGAAGUAGAAUUCACAAAGAAGAAAGAAAUAACGAGACCGCGGCGGCAAGAUAUAGAUGAACUGGUUCAGCUUGCUGUGAACGAAGACAGAUUGGCCGAAAUGUUGGAGACAGACAUUGAUGAGGACUUCACAACAGACGAGCUCGAGGAAUACUACACUAAGAGAGACGCGCUGGUUGGUGAAUAUACAGAUGAUGUCCUUGAGGCAGAGCUUGUCGUGCUCGGGAUCGAGGCGGACUCCGUCUAUAACAUAGGGGAUAACUACAGACCCCUCGGUGCGCCAAGUGACGUCAUGCUGAGCACUUCGACGUCGUCGGUGUUCAGAUACCUUCAGCAUCUUCAAAGUCCAUCAGUCAUGGCGAGCUUCAUUCGAGUGACCACUGUCAUCCCUGACCGCGGCAGUUAUGAGCGAUACACUCUACAUCCGUGCUACGCAUUCGACUCUCGCUGUUCCCUCCGCGUCUUGUGGACGCCCAACGCAAACGAUGACAACACAAACGACCCGGAUGUGUGGGUCGUCAUAGAAAUAAUGAGAGUGUCCACCAGGUCCGUCGAUCUACACUCGCGGGCAAGCAUUAGUCCUGAUCUUCGCUAUGAGUACCGAAGCUGGAGUUUCAGCAAUUGUAGUCGAAUUAGCUAUAGGAGUGUUGAAUGCAUCGAGUCUGGACUCAGAACGGUUGACCUUUGGGGAAUUUGUGAAUACUUUGAAACCAGACUGAGUGUUCAUUAUGAGGUGAGCCCUUGCCAAAGGCGCAUUUCUAGCGAUACGAGAAUUGAUCUUCAAAGGAACUCAUCCGGUGCACGACAUUUCCUGAACGAAACGAGAAGGCAUUCUAGUGCUGAGCUGAACAGAAACGGUAUGUUAAGGCAAGGUUUCUACUCUGAACAGAGCUUCUAUAGAUGUGUAAGUGAGUGCAGUACACCCUCGCGCAGUGGACAUUCUCAAACAAACCUUCAGGGCAUUUCUGAAUACUUUGAAACCAGACUGAGUGUUCAUAAUGAGAUGAGCCCUUGCCAAAGGCGCAUUUCUAGCGAUACGAGAAUCGAACUUCAAAGGAACGCAUCCGGUGCUCGACAUAUCUUGAAUGAAACGAGAAGGCAUUCUAGUGCUGAGCUGAACAGAAACAGUAUGUCAAGGCAAGGUUUCUACUCUGAACAGAGCUUCUAUAGAUGUGUAAGUGGGUGUAGUACACCCUUGCGCAGUGGACAUUGUCAAACAAACAGCUUUGUACCAAACUUUAUUAACGAGUCCAAAUCCCACGACGUCCGCGCAGCGAUUUCCCAUUUUGAUGACGAAGAACAUGCUUCUUUACGGCAAGCUGACAGCACUAGCUCGAUCUUCGCGUAUUCUAGCCACGCCUCGAUAUUUUCCUCAUCAUCCGUGUGUCUCUCCGCUUACGGACGUUUGCCGCACAAUUCCGAAGGGUCCGCCUCUCAAACUUCUUACGGAUCAAUUGCUUCACACAGGAGCGAAUCAAGCCCUGCAGAAGAAUGUUUAAGCGAUGAUGAAGUUAUAUCAGGCGACAUUCAGCUCCAAGCGCAUGGCACAGUCAAUGUCGUGAAAGCAGGCAUAUCAUAUCACGUCAGAUUUUGCGAAGACGUUAUGGUUGUGGUGCCACCACCGGGUCCCUUCUUUGACUGCGGUAGGAGUUGUUAUUGCAUAGACAACGUUGUUAAAGACGACUUAGUGAAAGACGACGUGGUCAAAGUGGUUCCUAUUCACCCGAUUGUUGAAAACUCGAGUUUGCCUGAAUGUGCAACAGAGGUCACCAAUAAUAAGAAAUUCCAGUUUAAAGGUGCAUUUGCUCGACAUUUCCCUACUGAACGUUACCCCGCCCGCCAGAGCCCUGAACGUGAUCUGAUCGAAGCUGAUGACAUGCCUGAUGCUCAUGUGGAAAAAAACAAAAGUAGAAGGUCUAAAAUAGGCAAAUUCUUAAGAAGAUUAUUUACAAGAUCACGGAAGAAAAGAAAAAGCAAGCCAAGCAGGUCCUAAGGAGAUGGCGAUCAAUUUACUGCAGGACCUUGCAAAUAAAAGGACUUUGUUUAGAUGACUUUUACUUUUCUAGUAACUUUUUUGCAUGUUUGUGUUUUAAGUCGUGGUAACGACGACCCACUUGUGGUCCUGCUGCCGACUGUUUCUUUAUGAUGCAUGCAUUAUUUAAUAAUAUGAGAAAACAAUCAAUAAAUGUAUACAUUUUGAUUAAA